AAAAAAAGGUAAAGAAAGAAAGAGUGAAGGAAAGAGAAAUAUUCAAUCUGAUUGAAUGCAGUUUUGACGUCCGCAAGAACUCUCUCUCUAACUUUCUCGCUCUAAAGAGGACAGCGCAGAAACUCAGAGAAAACUCUUCUCUCUUUCUCUCUACUGAAACUUCUUCACUUUGACAAAGCAAAGUCCCCAAGCUAAUUUGAGCUGUGGAUCUUGUUCUUUGCACUUUAUUGCGCGAUUUAGGGCUCGAUCAAGUGAACAUGGAUAAGUGGAUAGAGAUAUUUAUUUGAGCAGAAAAAGAGAAGCUUUGGAAGUUUAAGAGUUAAAGCUUGUAGCUUGUACUUGGUAUUCUAUUGAUGAUGCACAACAGGUUUUCUCAGCAUGAAGGUUCUCCCUUUGGUUUGGCUCAAAAUAGGGACUUUGGAAUGUCAAUUGAUGUAGUAGGUUCUGCUUGUUGUUCUGUGUAAUUCUCUUUUUCAGAGUAAAGUAUGAAGUCUCCAGAUCUGGGGUGUUAGGCUUCAUUCCGUUUUAGUUUUCUAUAAUUUUUUUAGUGUUUGUAGAUUGUUAUCUAUUGCAUAAAAGAUAUGGUGCCACCAGGACCUCCUAAUCCACUUGGAGGUGCCCAGCCUGUCCCGUCUUCGUUAUUGCGAUCAAAUUCUAGUUUAUUGGGUGGUCAAGGGGGUGGAAUGCCUACCCCAGGUGGUUUCCCUUCUAUUGUGUCACCUCGGACUCAGUUUGGUAACAUGAAUAUGCUAGGAAAUGCUCCAAAUGCUUCGUCUCUGCUCCAUCAGUCCUUAGGAAAUGGUGGUCAUAAUUCAGGGCGAGCUGAUAAUGGGGCCGAGUCUGAUCCAAUGGCCAGUGCUGGCAAUGGUAUGGGAUUUAAUGCUCCUUCAACAUCGUUUAGCUCAUCGGGCAUGGCAGCAAAUCCAAAUUCAGGUCAAGUUCAGGGACAGCGGUUUCCCAGCCAUUCUGGUAACCAGAUGUUAACUGAGCAGUCACCGUCCCAACAGCUUGAUUCCCAGAACUACCAACAUAAUCAACAAUUUCAGCAAUUUUCUGCCCCUAGCAAUUCCCAAACACAACAACAGCAGCAGCAAUUUCAAUCCAUACGAGGUGGAUUAGGAGGUGUAGGACCUGUCAAACAGGAGCCCCAAGUGACCAAUGAUCAAACACCACAGCAGUUGCAAGCACUACGAAACCUGACGACUGUAAAGCAGGAGCCCCAACAGAUACAAAGUAUGAGAGGCCUUGCCACUGUGAAGAUGGAGUCACAACAUUCCUCACCCUCUUUGUUUCUACAUCAGCAACAGCAGCAGCAGCAACAACAGCAAUUACUUCACAUGUCCAAACAGUCCCCUCAAGCUGCAGCAGCAGCUCAGCUUUUCCACCAGCAGAGGCUUAUGCAGCUCCAGCAGCAACAACAGCAACAACAGCAACAGCAACUCUUGAAGGCUAUUCCUCAGCAGAGAAACCCACUUCAACCGCAAUUUCAACCACAGAAUCAUGCUAUAAGGUCUCCUGUAAAACCAGCUUAUGAGCCUGGGAUGUGUGCCCGUCGGCUGACUCAUUAUUUGUAUCAGCAGCAACACAGACCUGAAGACAAUAACAUAGAGUUCUGGAGAAAAUUUGUCGCCGAGUAUUUUGCUCCAAAUGCCAAGAAAAAGUGGUGCGUCUCUAUGUAUGGAAGUGGCCGGCAGACCACUGGAGUUUUUCCUCAGGAUGUAUGGCACUGUGAAAUAUGCAACCGCAAGCCAGGCCGUGGUUUUGAAGCGACCGCUGAAGUCUUGCCCAGGCUUUUCAAGAUAAAAUAUGAAAGUGGGACCUUGGAAGAGCUACUCUAUAUUGAUAUGCCUCGUGAAUAUCAGAAUUCAUCUGGACAAAUUGUCCUAGACUAUGCAAAAGCAAUUCAGGAGAGUGUUUUUGAGCAACUUCGCGUUGUACGUGAUGGUCAGCUUCGAAUAGUGUUUUCACAGCCUGAUCUAAAGAUCAUCUCUUGGGAAUUUUGUGCUCGACGUCAUGAGGAGCUAAUCCCUAGAAGAUUGUUGAUACCUCAGGUGAGUCAACUCGGCGCUGCAGCUCAAAAGUACCAGGCAGCAACCCAAAAUGGAUCAUCUACUGCAUCUGUUUCUGAGUUGCAGAAUAACUGCAAUAUGUUUGUUGCCUCAGCUCGUCAGUUGGCAAAAGCUUUGGAAGUUCCAUUGGUAAAUGAUCUAGGUUAUACAAAGAGAUAUGUGCGAUGCCUUCAGAUAUCAGAAGUUGUUAAUAGCAUGAAGGAUUUGAUUGACUACAGCAGAGAGACAAGGACAGGGCCUAUGGAGAGCUUGGCUAAGUUUCCUCGUAGGAAUGGUUCAUCGGUUGGGGUACAUGAUCCAGCUCAACCAUCUGAGGAUCAGUCUCAGUCUCAGCAGCAGCAGCUACAGUCUCAGCAGCAGCAGCCACAGUCUCAACAGCAACAGCAACAGCAACAGCAACAACAGACGGCCAGUCAGAACUCAAACCACGACAGCUCUGUCCAGGCUGGUGCAAUGCAACUUGCUUCCAGUAAUGGGAUUCCAAGUGUAAACAACUCUUUGAACCCAGCAUCUGUUACUUCCUCUAGUAGUUCUGUUGUUCGGCUAUUGCAUCAAAAUUCCAUGAACUCUAGGCAACAGACCCCAAUGAAUGGUGUGAACAGCCCUUAUGCAGGAAAUGGCUUGAAUAGCCCCUAUGCGGGAAAUGCUGUUCAAAUGCCUUCACCAAGUUCUUCAAAUACGAUGCCACAAUCUCAACCAAAUCCGUCUACGUUCCAAUCCCCAACACCGUGUUCAUCAAGCAAUCCACCACAAACUUCUCAUGGUGGCUUAUCAUCAGGACCACACGUGAAUUCUGCCAAUUCCCCGAAUAUUUCAGUGCAUCAACCCACUCUUUCAGGUGAUAUUGAUGCUAAUGACUCUCAAAGUUCUGUACAAAAGAUCAUACAUGAAAUGAUGAUGUCUUCCCAACUUGGUGGAGGUGGCCUUGUAGGUGGUGGUACCAUGAAUGAUAUGAAAAGUGUAAAUGGUAUGAUAGCAACUGCUAAUAAUUCCAUUCUUAAUGGAAGCAGCUGC